CAAAGUAGACCUCUGGAGGCUAAGGGAACAAAUCAAUGAAUUGUUGAAACAGCACAUAUCACAGACACGAACAUGAAUACAGCAUUAUUACAUGCAGAAUUGAGACUGUUGCUGUUUGCCAUUUAUGCGGUCACAGCAGGGAAUAUGACUACAGCAGCGGCAACAACUGGACCGCCUACAGCACAAACUGAGCCACCAACAACGUCAACUGAGCCACCAACAACAUCAAUUGAGCCGCCAACAACACCAACUGAGCCGCCAACAACAUUUUAUGGGCCAGGUGGGCCGACCACAACACUAGUGCCGAUUGCAACAACCCAGCUAUCAACGACAGCUACACCAGGAACAACGACUCGGAUAUCAAUACCGAAUGGUCCCCAGAGCUUCACUGGUGAAACUCAAGGUACAACUACCAUUGGCCUGAGCUGGUCUCCACCUGACACAGCCAACAAUGCAACAUUUGCCAAGUACAGAAUCACAUCUACUCCAUCUGGUGGCGCCAGUCAGACUACAGAGAGCUCUGACCCUACUGCCACCAGCACCAGUCUGACAGGACUGUCCCCAGGUGUUCUGUAUAGCAUCAGUCUUGUGGCUGUGAGUGCAGAUGACAGUGUAGUCAGUGCAGAGGCAGCAGGAGGACCUCUGAUUGUCCGGACAAAUCCAAAUGCACCGGAAGACUUCGCUGUCACAACCUUUACCACAACAACCAUUGAUCUGAGCUGGACUUUGCCUGACAGUGCGAACAGUGCAACCUUUGCCAAGUACAGAAUGACAUACUCUGCAAAUGGUUUUAAUCAGACUGAAGAGAUCUCUGGCACCACUGCCACCAGCACCAGUCUGACAGGACUGUCCCCAGGUGUUCUGUACAGCAUCAGUCUUGUGGCUGUCAGUGAGGAACCCAGUCUUACAGUCAGUGCAGAGGCAGCAGGAGGACCUCUGACUGUCAGGACAAAUCCAAAUGCGCCGGAAGACUUUGCUGUUACAACUAUUACCACAACAACCAUUGGUCUGAACUGGACUGAGCCUGACAGUGCCAACAAUGCAACAUUUGCCAAGUACAGAAUGACAUACGUUGCCAAUGGUGACAGUCUGACUACAGAGAUCACCAACUCUAGUACCACCAGCACCAGGCUGACAGGACUGUCCCCAGGUGUUCUGUACACCAUCAGUCUUGUGGCUGUCAGUGCAGAUGACAGUGUAGUCAGUGCAGAGGCAGCAGGAGGACCUCUGACUGUCAGGACAAAUCCAAAUGCACCGGAAGACUUUGCUGUCACAACCUUUACCACAACAACCAUUGGUCUGAGCUGGACUGUGCCAGACAGUACCAAUGGUGCAACCUUUGCCAAGUACAGAAUCAUAUAUAUCCCAUCUGGUGGCGCCAGUCAGACUACAGAGAUCUCUGACCCUACUGCCACCAGCACCAGUCUGACAGGACUGUCCCCAGGUGUUCUGUACAGCAUCCGUCUUGUGGCUGUCAGUGCUGAGCCCAGUCUUACAGUCAGUGCAGAGGCAGCAGGAGGACCCCUGACUGUCAGGACAAAUCCAAAUGCACCGGAAGACUUCACUGUCACAACCUUUACCACAACAACCAUUGAUCUGAGCUGGACUGUGCCAGACAGUACCAAUGGUGCGGCGUUUGCCAAGUAUAGAAUCACAUAUAUCCCAUCUGGUGGCGCCAGUCAGAUUGAAGAGAUCUCUGACCCCACUGCCACCAGCACCAGUCUGACAGGACUGUCCCCAGGUGUUCUGUAUAGCAUCAGUCUUCUGGCUGUGAGUGAGGAACCCAGUCUUACAGUCAGUGCAGAGGCAGCAGGAGGACCUCUGACUGUCAGGACAAGUAAGUUCGUCCGACUGUGCUCUACAGUAGAUGUAUCUCAGGUUAACUUGCAUGUCAGCUAUGACUCAAGAGUCUGA